AUGGGUUCUGUCGUACCUGCAAUGCCUGCAAGCAAAGGCCUCACCUUUGAAGAAUACCUUGCGGUCAGUGCCGUCGCUUUCAAUUGGGCUGACAGUUAUGACGCCAAGGACUGGGCGCGGUUGCGUGGAAUCGUGGCACCAACGUUGCUCAUCGACUACACACACGUAUCCGGAAAGAAGUGGGAGAAGAUGGCCGCUGAGGAUUUCGUUGCCAUGGUUUCUGACCCAGGCUUCUUGGGGGAUCCACUCCUGAAAACUCAGCACCUUUUCGGUGCUACGGAAUGGAUUAAGGUUUCGGAUACAGAGAUCAUCGGUCAUCACCAGCUGCGUGCAGGGCACUUGAGAUACACAGCUCCUGAUCACCUUGUUGAAGAGAAGAGGGGUCAUAGCCAUGCCACCAAUGAACAUUACUAUAGGAAGGUGGAUGGCGUGUGGAAAUUUGCAGGGCUGAAACCGAAUGUUCGGUGGAACGAGUAUGAAUUCGAGAGCAUCUUCAAGGGCUUUGAGGCUCCGAAGAGGUAGGGACAGGGCAUGGAGCACAGGGCAUGGAGCCAGGAUGGAGGGGGGAG